GGCACAAAGCGUUCAACAACUGGCACAAUUUAUGCACACACUGGGUGCUACUGUGCUCCAGAACAACCAAAACCAGAACAACGGGAAUGAUGCCGCAAAACGAGUGGCAUCUCGCAACCCUCCAAGCUUUCAUGGGCAAGAAGAUCCUCGUAUCCUCGAGAAUUGGCUCCGACUCUUUGACAAACUCUUCGACGCAGUGAGCUGUCCGGAAGAGCAAAGGGUUGACAUUGCUGUUUACUAUUUACAGCAAGAGGCGGAUAACUGGUGGGUCUCAUCAGGCCCAACUUUACGUCAACAACCUGACUUCAAUUGGGAAGCUUUCAAGAUUGCCAUGAGGAAACGUUUUUAUCCUGCACACGUUCAGGCCACCAUGCGUGAUGAAUUCAUACAUUUGAAACAGAUGGGCAUGAGUGUCCAGGAAUAUCACAAUAAAUUCGUGGACCUCGCGCCAUUUGCGAAAACAAUAGUGCCUGAUGAAAGCACCAAAGUUGAGAAAUUUAUCUACGGAUUAAACUAUGAUACGCAGAAAAUCGUCGCUGUUUUGGGUUGCCAAACUCUGACUGAAGCUUAUGAUAGAGCUGCAGUUCACUAUCGAGUUCAGCAACUACAAAGAGAGAGGAACCAGAAGAUGAAGAGGGACGAAGAUGGAGGUCGAGGAGAAAAGAGGGUCAGAGUGCACCCACCUACACAGCAACAAGAAGGGAGGAGGAGGAGAGAUGAC